GCCAUGAACCUGGACUUGUGCAGCUGGUGAAUUACUACAGGGGAGCAGACAAGCUGUGCCGCAAAGCAUCUCUGGUGAAGCUAAUCAAGACAAGCCCUGAACUAGCGGAGUCCUGCACGUGGUUUCCCGAGUCGUAUGUGAUCUACCCAACGAACCUGAAGACCCCUGUGGCCCCGGCCCAGAACGGAAUUCGCCACCUGAUAAACAACACGAGGACAGACGAGCGGGAGGUCUUCUUGGCAGCUUACAACAGGCGGCGGGAAGGCAACGAAGGCAACGUGUGGAUCGCCAAGUCCUCAGCUGGUGCCAAAGGAGAAGGAAUCCUGAUUUCUUCAGAGGCUACAGAGCUCCUGGACUUCAUCGAUGAGCAGGGACAAGUGCACGUGAUUCAGAAAUACCUGGAGAAGCCUCUGCUGCUAGAGCCAGGGCAUCGCAAGUUUGAUAUCAGGAGCUGGGUUCUUGUGGAUCACCAAUAUAAUAUCUACCUCUACAGAGAGGGUGUCCUGCGGACCUCUUCCGAACCGUAUAACAGUGCUAAUUUCCAGGACAAAACCUGCCACUUGACCAAUCACUGCAUUCAGAAGGAAUAUUCCAAAAACUACGGGCGCUAUGAGGAAGGGAAUGAAAUGUUCUUCGAGGAGUUCAACCAGUAUCUGAUGGAUGCCCUGAACACAACGCUUGAGAAUAGCAUCUUACUGCAAAUCAAACACAUAAUAAGAAGCUGCCUUAUGUGUAUAGAGCCUGCAAUCAGCACAAAGCAUCUUCACUACCAGAGCUUCCAGCUCUUUGGAUUUGACUUCAUGGUGGAUGAGGAGCUCAAAGUGUGGCUGAUAGAAGUCAAUGGGGCCCCAGCAUGUGCCCAGAAGCUGUAUGCAGAGCUCUGCCAAGGAAUUGUGGAUGUAGCCAUCUCUAGCAUUUUCCCCCUGAACGACACUGGGCCAAAGAUGAGCCAGCCAUCAUCGAUCUUCAUCAAGCUGUGAUGAGGACAGGAAAGCCUCUGCUGUGCACAGGGAGAGACUGCACCCACUGGGUCAGCACAGCUCAGCGGCUUAUCGGUAUCAUGCCAAAAAGUGAUAGAGACAGGCUUCUUCUUUCCUGGAAAAUCAAGGGGGAAAACAACAAAGCAGGCAUCCACACAGAGCUGCUCAGACAGCUCUGUCUGCAUUCACCAAAAUCCACUUUAGAAACAGCUCCUGUGACUUUGAUACCUGAUCUCUCUCUCUCUGGGAGAACAACAAAAUAACCUUAAAAUGAAACCCCAACAGGGAUACU